AGAAGAGUUCCUUGUAGCCAACGCAUCUUCUCUCAUUUGCUUCGGCUUCGGACCUUUUUGCUUCGGUUUAGACUUUUUGCAGAUAAGAAUCGCUUCUCUCUCUCCCUUCUUAGCUCUUCCAAAAUUUCCCCCUUCGCCGCCCUUCAUCAAAAACCCCUCUCUUCUUCUCUCUUCUUCCUUCAAUCUGGCUAUCGAACAUCACCAACAAUCUACUCUCCCUCAAAUUAACUCCAAGAAUCGAACAAUCAUGGGUGUUGGUUGUCCUGAAGAUGAAGAUAACAGAUGGCCGCCAUGGUUGAAACCUUUACUCCGUGAAAGCUUCUUUGUUCAAUGCAAAUUUCACGCUGAUUCUCAUAAGAGUGAAUGUAAUAUGUAUUGUUUGGAUUGCAUGAAUGGCGCUCUCUGUUCUCUCUGUCUCGCUUUUCAUAAAGACCAUCGCGCUAUUCAGAUUAGAAGAUCUUCAUAUCAUGAUGUGAUAAGGGUGUCUGAGAUUCAGAAAGUUCUCGACAUAACCGGCGUUCAAACCUACAUUAUCAACAGUGCGAGAGUUGUUUUCUUGAAUGAACGUCCACAGCCUAGGCCUGGGAAAGGUGUGACGAACACCUGUGAAGUUUGUGAACGCAGUCUCCUCGAUUCCUUCCGAUUCUGUUCUCUUGGCUGUAAGAUUGUGGGAACAUCGAAGAAUUUCGAGAAGAAACGGCGAGUGAUGGGAUCGGAUUCAGAGGAUUCGUCGUACAGUAGUAGUAGUAGUAGUCAAGGAAGAAUAAUGAAGAACAACAAUAAGAACAGAGUGGUGCAGAGUUUCACACCGUCAACGCCACCACCAACUUUGGUCAGUUAUAGAACAGCCAAACGAAGAAAGGGGAUUCCUCAUAGAGCUCCAAUGGGAGGACUCAUUAUCGAAUAUUGAAAGAAAAAAAAAACUUUUUUUUUUUUUUUUUUUUACUUCAUAAAAAUCACCCUUUUCUUUUCCUAAUUUAAAUACAGAGAUAUGAUGGAUAUCAUAAUGUAGUUUUCGAAUGAGCUCCCUUGGUGUUAGGAGGAGCUUUAAUUAUUGCCGUUUUACGUUUUAGGUUAAGUUUAAUGUAAAUACAGGGGUGGAAAAUGAGAAGGAAGAGGAUGAAUGGGGGUGAAUGUGGAAAUAGGACAAAGAUGGUGGACUUGGGAGCAUAAAAGAAAAAAAAAAAAACAAAGGAUUGACUAGUGUUCUAUAGAUGAUAUUUAUAUGAAAUAGGACGCUUAUACGUGAGUUUUGGGUUUAUAGAUGUGAAUAUUGUUUGUUUGUUUUUGUUUU